UAUAAAUUUAGGCGUGUAAUUUAGUGGUGGUGAUCCGAUGAAUGUGUUUGUGCAGGCGUCGGAAGAGAUGAGAAGUGAAGGGUGAAUUGGUGUGUGAGUUUCGCGGAAGCUGCAAGCGUUGAUGAUUGAGUUGAAGCUAGGUCCAUGUCUAUGCGCGUGUUCACCAAGAAUAACAACAUUUAGCAUUUGGUAGUUGCUGCAUCUGAAUCGAAGCAUGGCUCUUCCACUCGUGAAGCUCGGAACUCUCGCCCUCAAAACCCUCAGCAAACCCGUCGCCAGUAGGCUCAAGCAGCAGGCCGCUCUUCACCCCAGGUUCCGCCACAUCAUCGUUAGCAUGGCGCAGGCCAACCAUCAAAUCACCACCAAGAUGCAGAGGCGCAUCUACGGCCACGCCACGGAUGUUGAGAUUCGCCCAUUGAACGAGGAAAAGGCUGUUCAGGCUGCUGUUGACCUUAUUGGGGAACUCUUUGUCUUCUCGGUUGCAGGAGUUCUCUUGAUCUUUGAGGUACAAAGAAGUGCUAGAUCUGAGGCAAGAAAGGAGGAAGUACGAAAGCAAGAGCUGGGGGCUGUGAAGCAAAAAACUGAGAACUUGGCUGAAGAAGUAGAACUUCUUAAGCAUAGAAUUCAAGAACUGGAACAGAUGGCCAGGGGACGAGGACUGACUGGCAUUCUAAACUUCAAACAUGGUAAUACAGAAACUGGAAAGGCAGAGAAAACUGGUUGAGCUGAUGAAGAAUAUAAUAAUUUAUCACAUUUUUUCAUUCGUCUUUUGGGAUGAAUGUAAUUCAGGCUUAACUUUUGAUUCAUCUGAGUGUUUCUUCAACAUAUUUUUUGACUGCAGUCUUCGGCCAUCCAUUUAUUUCAAAAUCUCUUUUGUAUUAAAGAGAACUCAGAUUGAAAUCCUUAGUGUAUUGCCCAGAAUAAGUUGCAGAGACAGUAUAAUUCAUAGCGGUUAGGAGGUGACGCUAUCAAUUGAAUUGUAAAUGCAUCAUUUCAAAUGUUCCAUUCGCCUUCUCAAGUCCACUUGUUAAUUUUUUAAAAGAACAUUUAUUUUUCACGUAUUCACUUUCUUUCUCUUUCAAGCAUAAAUGAAUAUGCAAUUGGGUAGUGCUUGGAUUUAUCUGCAUUGCAUAAUGGUAAGGACCUAACGUCCUUAUUCAUUUAAUCAUGGCAAUAGAAUCUGUUGCAGGCAAUGUUGUGUUUCAGAUGAUGGUAACCAUUUUAGCUGGCUAAAAUAGUGAAGCAAUUUAUGUGAUUAUGAAGUUUGAUGACAAGGUAUCCACCGCAUGUGAUCCCGAUUGCGCGAGCACAAUCAACCACCCCACUAUGCCCCCUUCUAGGUUUUGCUUAGGGAAAAUAGAGGGUUAUGGACAUGACAUGUGGAUGGUCCGAAUGAUAAGCCAUGGGAUGCAGGUGGAUAUGAUAUCCAUUAAGCAGCCUCCUGUAAAGCUCUUCCAUUAAGAGAAGCAUCAAAACAGGAAUAUGUUGGACGGUAGUGGAGGAGUACUUUAUUCCUUCCUUACCCUGAUAUCUUUCACCUAUUCACCCAAUAGAACAUUUUCAUCUUAAUUUUUUUGUAAUAUUUGGCAAGAAAAGGGGAAUCACCUUUUUUAUUUUUUUAGAUUUCUUGUAUGAUUUAUUUUAUUUCUUUGAUUUCUCUUCUCCCUUUUUGUGCCGUGAUCUCAUUGAGUCACAAACAGAUAGUUGUCAAGAUACAUUUUUAAAAACCAAUGGGAAAAUUAUGCAAAGAAAAGAAAAACAC